AUGUUUCGGAAUGUUGGACGUUUAUUUCGAUACUUUCCUGACAGAAGAUGUUCAAGUUUGGUAGAUGCGGAUUCAAAUAAAGUGUACGAUGAGUUGCUGAAGAAAUCAUACCUUCUACCCGAAAAUGGGCAUAAUAUUGUGAUUAUUCAACCACAUAUAAAAGGUGCAUUUUACAAGAGGAUCAACAACAAGUUUCCGUAUUUACCUAAAAAUGAUCCCAAUGUAGACGAAGCUAUCGCUCUUGUAGAUUCAUUAGGAUUUUGGACUACCGUUGGUGUGAUAUUUUGCAAUAUAAAAGCCGCCAACACUAAUAGAGGACCGUUUUUUAGUAAAGGUAUAUGGCAAAAUGUAUCAGAUUCUGUAAUUGCUUAUCGUGAUGGGAAACAGUCUGUUCAGACUGCUGAUACACUUCCUAACGAAGAAAAUAACACAUUCUCUGCUCAUACCGUCAAAAAUCGAGCAACAGCAGUCCUCGUAAAUUGGCCUCGUUUAACGACACUACAACUGGCACUUAUGCAACAGGCCUGGCUAAUACCUGUUUAUGAUCGUUACACCCUCGUCGUUCAACUGUUUAGUCUUCGAUCUCGUACUCCAGAAGCAAAACUUCAAGCAAAGUUAGCUGAAAUCGGAUUGCUUCGAGCUCGUAUUCCAGCAUUUUUUGAAACACCUAAUAUGAUUAAAUGCUUGAUCGAUAGAUCAGAUUUCGCUACAAAGGAACGUUUAAUACAAAUACUUAAUCAAACAGAAGCUAGUCUUUUAAAUCAAUUGGAAAAAAUUUCGAAACAACGUAUUCAUCAUAGGCGUAAUCAUAGACGAGAUAUGGAGAAACAUCAUUUACCUCUGGUUGCAGUUGUGGGAUAUACGAAUGCUGGUAAAACAAGUCUUAUACGUUAUUUAAGCAAGUCAGACAAACUUACGUCAUCCCCAGAAGUGUUUGCCACUUUGGAUAUUACACAUCAUCGAAGUCGGUUGCCUAUACUUCCAAAUAAAACAGAAGAGAACAAUAUGACUUCUAAUCAGUUGUCUUCUGGGAACGUCAGCGAUGGUUGUUGUUCUAGUAGCAUAGGAUUGCCUGGAAUACAAAUGUUACUAUUGGAUACGAUAGGAUUUAUGUCUGAUCUUCCAACUAAUUUAUUAGCUGCGUUUCGAGCUACUUUAGAUGAAUGUUUAGAUGCAGAUCUAAUUUUGCAUGUAGUUGAUGUAAGUCAACCUGAAUGGCAAUUACAAGUGAAUCAUGUAGAGGAGCUGUUGUGCAGUAUUGGUGUUCUUGUAACAAAGUCGACAAACUCUGGACAUACAAAUGAUUCCAAUGCAUUUGAACCACCUCAAGUGUUGAAAAUCGGUAACAAAGUAGAUCAAAUUGAAUCAAAUGAUGUGUACGCUGGAUUCGAUGCAUUAAUAUCUGCUAAAAAUGGGACAGGUAUGGAAGAGUUGACUUCAAAAGUUCGACUAGCUAUAAUGAAACGUCUUGGAUGGUUUUCACGCACGUUAGAUGUUCGCCAAGGAGGUCCUAGUUUUCAAUGGAUUUAUUCUAAUGCUAUGGUUACAAGCGUGGAAGCCUCCCCUUCAAAUUCAGAAAGGCUUAGAAUAACUGCAAUAUUCACUCCUGUCGGUUGGAUUAAAUUUUGCAGAACAUUUAAAAUGGCAUCCUCUGAAAAUGUUUCGUAA